AUGGCGGGAAACAUAACGGAAGAGUUAACAGCUGAAAAUGGAAACUCAUUCACAGCUCUUCUCGGGCUUCCACCAAAUCAAGCUGUGGAGUUACUACACGAACCGGAAUUAAGUCAGAAUCAACUGAUUUUCGCCAUGGAAACCAAUAAAGAUUUGCAGAAAGGGAAGUUAAAUCAAGAGAUCAUCAACAAAGAGAAAAGAAAGAGAGAAAUAAAGGCUAAAGUUUGUGGUGGAAAGAGUAAAGACAAGGAAAUUUCUGAAAAGGAAGAAGCAGAUUGCAAGAAACUUCCUUACGUUCAUGUUAGAGCUCGUAGAGGACAAGCUACUGACAGCCAUAGCUUAGCUGAAAGAGCAAGAAGAGAGAAAAUUAAUGCAAGGAUGAAGUUGCUGCAAGAACUGGUCCCCGGAUGCACUAAGAUAACAGGUACAGCAUUAGUGCUCGACGAGAUAAUAAACCACGUCCAGUCUCUUCAGCGUCAAGUUGAGUUUCUAUCGAUGAAGCUUGCUACAGUUAAUCCAAGAAUGGACUUCAGCCUCGAAAGCCUAUUGUCAUUACAAAGUGGAGGAAGUUUAACUGCUAGUAGCUUUCCAAGUACAUUUACUUCUGACCCUUCAUUAUGGCCGGAUUUAAUCCAUAUCAUGAAUAACAACAGUAGUUCUACUACCACUGGUACCAGAGGAGGAGGAGCAGCAGAACAUCAAUUUCAGUAUGAUCAUGAUCAACAACAUCAGAAUCAGCUACUUCAACAACACCAAUAUUUAUGGCAUCCUGAUAUGUUGCAACAGCAACCACCAGUUUGGGAAAGAGAUGGUAAUCAAAGCUUUGCCACAAGUCCUGAUAACUCUGUUUACAGUAGUUACAACCCUACAAAUUCAGUGGUUUUUCGUCAUGGGGUGCCCGACCAGUUGAAAAUGGAAAUUUGAAGUUGAAAUUAUUAGCUAGCAUUACUAUACAGCAGUAUAUUUUUUAGCAUUGUACAUAUCAGGCACUAUAUAGGGAGUUUAAAUAUUACAAGGGUUAGUGUAGAGUUUGUAUCUCCAGUUCUCCACCAUGCAUUACAGGCUUUAGAGUUUCCAGCUAAUUGUCUGGCACCAUAUUGGCAGAACGAAGCAGUUAGAAGAAAACUUGAUAAAUUUGGUUUCUAUUUUAUGUCUAGCUAGGUAUAUAAUAUAUACACUAACCCAUUUGUGUGAUUCAAUCGAUAUACUUCUCCUUGGGUUCAGCUUGAAAGAGCAAAUAUAAAACUGAUUCAUCCUACUGUAAGACAUUAAUCAAACAAGUUUAUGUAAUGUAAUGUAAUUUGUUAUUUCCUUA